GCCAAAAAGUUCGUCAAGAAGACGAAGCAGCCAGUGCGGCUGUAUGCCAAAGGGUUGAUUCUGGGUUACAAGCGCAGCAAGUCCAAUUGCUACGCCAACUGCACCCUCCUCAAGAUCGAUGGCGUGCGAACCAAGGAUGACACGCAGUUCUACAUUGGCAAGCGCGUGGCGUAUGUGUACAAGGUCAAGAAGGAGGUGAAGCACAGCAAGUUCCGGGUGAUGUGGGGCAAGAUCCGCCGCUCCCACGGCAACUCGGGAGUCGUUCGGGCCAAGUUUGUCAAAAACAUUCCUCCGAAGGCAUUCGGCGCCCCUUGCCGAGUGAUGCUUUACCCAAGCAGCAUCUGA